AAACAUUUCAGCUUCACCACUCCCCGAUAGCCACAUGGAGCUACUCUAUCUCUUCCGUUCCAUCCUCUCCACAACUUUUACCUCCCUUGUUCUGUCACUCCUCCUCCCCUUCCGCCACCUCUUUCGCCGCGUCUCCACCGCAAGCUCAGCCGAGGACGUUGGAAACUCAAUCUUCCUCUACCAAGGCACCGUCUGGCACGAGCGUCGCCUCCCCGUCCACCAUUCCUUCCGUUACAACGUCCGAUACGCCUUCAUUGAUCUCGACCGUGCGCGGAGACACGUUCCGUCUGACCACCUCUCCGGAGAAGAAGCUCGGCGUGCUGCUGAAACUAAUGGCACCGUUUUUCUUUUGACAAUACCUCCUAGUGUGGGAUAUGAACAAAAUCCAUUGAGUGUCUACUAUUGCUACGAUGUUGAAGGCUCUACACAGACUUUGAAGAAAUGUAUUGCUGAGGUUACAAACACACCAUGGGGUGAAAGAGUGUUGUUUUCAUUCAAUCCGACCUCUGAUUUAGUGGCAAAACCUCUUCAUGUUAGUCCUUUCAUGGAUAUGCUUGGGAAUUGGCAUAUGCAAACCAAUGAUCCUGGGGAUAAUCUUCGAGUAGUAAUUUCAGUACAGCACCCCGAGCUUGGUAACUAUUUCACAGCUUCAUUAACAGCCAAGAGGGUCACCUCCUUGAAAGCAGGGGAUCAUGCACAAUUCUUCUGGUUGAUGCCCCAUAAAGUUGCAUUAUGGAUAUAUUGGAAUGCUCUCAAACUUUGGUGGAAAAAUGUUUUGUUCAUUCAACAUCCAAGAUAUCAAACUCCAAUGUAUAGAGAAGAAACUUUACUGCGUGAUAAAAAUCUCCGAUGUUGUCGAUCAUUUGGGUGCAAUGAGCUAAACAAUCCACAUGUUGAAGCAAGGAAAUAUGAUGCAGUAGCUGAAACUAGGGACAAUCAUCACUUCACAUGGAGAGAUGCUAAGUGGCCCUGGUGCUGACUAUGAACCUGUAAGUUUGUAUCAGCUAAGCUCUCAAUAAAAUAUCCAUAUAAGAAAAUUGAGAUAGGAUUUUUUGAGCUCUGAUGCACAGGAAAGUUUAGGAUGUAAACGCUUCAUUAUUCUUGUUCCAAGUCUUCUGCCACCCC